UGGCUGGGGUUUGGGGGUGAGGGAGAGGGAGAGGGAAACCCACGGUGAGAGCCGCUGGCUGGAUGGUGAAGCUGUGUCCCAGGCUGGGAAGCUCCAGCUGCUUUCAGGGAGGAAACAAGGGAACAAGUGUUAGGGACGGGACCGGCUUAAGACACCUGUGGUGCAGCCUGGGGGAGACGUCAGGAGGCCGCUCGUGUCUGCAGCUCAAUGAAGAGGGACAUUUGACAGUCAGACAUCAUCCCAGACCUGGGACCCUGGAGAGAGAAGCCUGAGCCCCGGGUCCUCCAACCUGAAGAUGCCGAAGGGGGAGGGUGCAGCCAGCAAGAAGGAAGACGCCGAACCAGGGAGGGAGGUGUCAGGGAGGCCCAGAGAGCACAGGGUUUCGGGAAGAAGGGCCUCAUCGCCUCGUAACCUGCCACCCAGGAUGGAGGGCGAUCAACAUGGCACGUGGGGCUCUGGACGCAGUUCCAGUUGUUGCCACAAGGUCAUUUUUAGAAGUGGAAUUGUGGGAUUGAAGGGAGGCCUAUUUUUAAGGCCCAGGUGCCCUCCCAAUAAACCGAAGUCGCAAACACCUUAGUAGCCAGAGUCAGGCUGGGGAUUUGGCAUGGCCACACCCCUGAGGAUAUGGAAUUCUGUCUAAGGCAAGUUUUCUCCCCCACCCCCCCCCCCAAAAUUGCAGGAAAGUGUUUUCUUGUAGGUCACAGGAUGUAAAUAGAUAUUCAGAGGUGGAAGAGUUCUUAUGUUUAUCUGAGGGUCAGACCCCAGAGUGGCUAUCAGGCUUCUGCACAAACCUGCCAAUGAGCUUGAAUCUCCCUUGGUCCCUCGGAAGGGACAGCUGGAUCCCUCUAGUCUAGGCUCUCGGGAGUAUGGUGGCCUUUGGAGACUCUUGUCCUCAGUGAAACACCCACCCAUAGAUUUCCCCAGAAAUUACAGGCUGGGACACAGCUCGCUUCAGCUCUCACGCUACUAAGGAGGAGACAAGAGUCAGACAGGAUCAGAGAGGAGGAGCAAACUGCCCAGGGCCACACAGUGCAUUGACAACAGGAAGCCAGGGUCACCAGACAGGUGAGCCUCCAUUUCUCCACCUGUAAAAUGGGACCGAUCUCUAAUUCACACAAUUUUCAAGAGCAUGAAAAGAGAUUGCAGUGUCAAGUACAGGGGUGUUUUAUAAACGUUAGCUAAAAGCAACCCACUCAAAGAAAGCAAAGGAGAGGGGCACCUGGGUGGCUCAGUCAGUUGAGCAUCUGACUCUUAGUCUUGGCUCAGGUCAUCUCACAGUGGUGAGUUUGAGCCCCGCAUUGGGCUCUGCGCUCAUGGCACAGAUCCUGCUUGGGAUUCUUCCUCUCUCUCUGCCUUUCCCCUGCUUGUGCUCUCUGGUGUCUCUCAAAAUAAAUAAAAACUUGAAAAAAAAAAAAAAAGCAAAGGAGAAAGGUGUAGGGGAAAGGUAUUUCAGGCAAAGGUAAAUGUGAGCAAAAGCUUGGAGGUGGAAAACACCAAGGCCAAUUCCUAAAAUCCUUGCCAGCUGCAGGGAUGGUACUCUGCGAUGAUGGAAGAGGUGGGAGGUGGGCAGAGGCCGGGCUACAGUGAUUUUAUGGGCUUCAUUAAUCUUGAGGGCAUGAUGGGCCAAGAGAGGGGACAGCGACUCAGGCAGAUCUGAGUUUAGAAGGUCCAUCCUGGGGCCCAGCAUGGGGCCUUUGCUGACCUACUGUGUGACCCCAAGCUAUCUCUGUCCCUCUCUGGGCCUCAGUCUCCUGCCCCUUACAGCAGUGAGCUUGGCUCUGAUCAGGGUUAUCAGGGUUUGCAAAUAUGUAUCUUCCUUUGUGAGUUUCCUUCUUUACUGUCUUCUCACCUUGGACAGGGUGCUCUGCAAACAGGACUGUCAUCUGUCCCCUGAACCCAGCGUCUCCAGCACCAAGCCCAGGGUUUGGCACAGAGAUGAAUGAGUGAAUGAAUGAAUGAAUGAAUGAAUGACAUCCUUUCCCUUUGGGAGGUAGGGGUUAAAGCAGAAUCCCUCUGCCCUUGCUCCCCACCCCACACACCUGCAAAUCUGCCUCCAGUGGGUGGACACCCACCCACUUGCCAAUUUCCUUACGCCUUUUUCCCCCCCUUUUCUGGCCAGACAAUGGCUUUCAUUCUAUUGUUCUUUCUGGAGAGCAAGAACGUUUUCAUGCUGGCACCAAAAGGCCAACAUUUGUUCUGCAGGUGUAUGAUGAAGAUGCCUUUGAUUUUCUCCUUGACACAUUUCUGUUUCCUUCUGUGCACAUCUGGGACUUUCAAAAUAAAAAGCAAUGAUACAAAGGAGGUUAGCAGCCCCUACAUACAAAUGGUUUUUAAUUAUAAGAAAAAGUGCUCAGCAUCCUCCAAAUGAAAUAAAUGCAAAUAACAACUAGCUUGACAAUCCAUUUUUCCACCUAUGCAGUUGGCGCGGAUCAAAGUUGGCUAAGGUCUGUGUUGAUGAGGAAAUGGCUGGCUCACGCCCUGUGGGGGCCCCGGGGUAGAAAUGAAUCCCGCCCCUUUGGAAGACAAUGUGGCAAUGUGUGUGGUGUCUGUUGCCAAUCACCUUUGACCCAGCAAUUGCAUUGCGCUUCUUGGAAUUCAUCCGUCAGAUGUGCUCACACAUGGAAGAAAUGAUGAGGGUAAAAUGUUACCCAUUGCAACAUUGCUUGUGAUGGCAAAAUAUUAGAAACCUAAACGUCCAUCAGUAGGAGACGGGGCCACAUCCACAGUAGUACUUGCUUGCACACCAAGAAGUGCUGCGGCAGCUUCAAGAAAAACAAAUUAGCCAGUGGGGCAACUCUUCUGUACUGACACCGUCCAAAAUAAGGCCCAGGAUGUAAAGGCAUGUGGAAAACGUACCACGCAGAGUUGUGUAUACAGUCUGCUCUCUGCAAGUAUAAAAUGGAAAUCUGUAUUUGUAUUUGCUUGCAAAUGUAUAACCGAUCUCUGGAGAGAUCACAGGAAACCUAACUGGUUGCUUUUGGAGAGGGUAAUUAGGAUGUGGAGACCUGGCAUGAGAGGGAAGCUUUUCACCGUACAGUUUUUGUACUCCUGACUAUUUGAGUGAUAUGAUGAUGUAGCAUCCAUCCAAAAAAAUCCUAGGACUUAAAAAUCAAAUAAAAACAGGAAAAGUUUUUUUUUUUAAGUUUAUUUAUUUAUUUUGAGAGGAGAGAACGUGAGCAGGUGAGGGGCAGAGGGAGAAGGAGAGAGAGAAUCCCAAGCAGGCUCCAUGCUGCCAGCACACAGCCUGAUGUAGGGCUCAAACCCACGAAUUGUGAGAUCCUGACCUGAGCCAAAGUCGGAGGCUCAACAGGUUGAGCCACCCGGGCGCCCCAAGAUUUUUUUAAAGUAAUCUCUACACCCAACAUGGGAUUCAAACUUGCAACCCCAAGAUCAAGAGUUGCGCGCACUACAGACUAAGCCAGCCAGGGGCCCCAAAGGAGAAACAUUUAAAGCUCCUUUAUGAUUGUUUGCAUGCAGUUGUUAAAUUAUAUACAUGUAUAAGCGUAGAGAACAUUUCACUGAUGAAGAAGAAGAAAAGAAGAAGGAGGAGGAGGAAAAGGAAGAGGAGAAGAAGACCAAGAAAGGAAAGCACCUCUUUAUUUCCCAUGAGGCCAGCCAGGGAGGGGGCGCCCAGCAGUGAUGUGAAAAGCAGAAGUCCAGCCAAUGGCAGAAUCUUCCCAACAUGUUAUUUGUUUAUUUCAAAAUCAAACAAUCUCUGAUAAAUAUUUAGCCCCAAUGCCUGCAGGAAAGAGGGAGGGAGGUGCUGAAAUCCCUUCAGUUGUUUCAAAUUGUCUUUGGUCUGUGGGAACUUCCCUAGAGGGCCCCAUCCCCCACCUCCAAAAAACCAAAACAAGACAAAACAAAACCCACACACCUUUCUGGGACCUUUCAGCUAUAAAAAGAGAAUCUCCGUGCUACUUUUUCCACGGUAGCAGUUGGGGCCAAGAAGGUCGUAGACAGGAAAAAGUUCUGAAAAGUCCAGGACAAAUCCGCCUCACCCACAGCUAGGACAGAUUACUGUCCCCGCCCCGGGUGGAUCUCCAACCCACUCUCCACACAAAUCUUCCAAAGUGCAAACCUGAUCUUGUCAUCUUUCUUUAAAACCAUUUUAUUGUCCAAUUUCAACCCAAAUUCCUUAGGCUACAAGAUCCUGCUGGAUCUGGCAUUCCGGAGCAACCAGGCCCGACCCAGUGGAAAUGCAGUUCCCUCGGGCGAGUUCCCACCCCACCCCUGCCCUCCUCCAGCCGCUCCCCUUCCCUCUUCAGUCCUUUGCUUUUCAACACGGCGUUCCCUCCCUACGCCUGGAAACCUCUCCCCCGACCAGCUCCGCUACCUCGCGGACUCGGCCUCAUCCCCAGGCCUCUGCCAGGAUGCCUCUUCUUCCAGGACGCCUUCCCAGGCUGCCCAGGGACGGUAGGGGCCCCAAUAGCGUAGGAGCUUGGGGUUUGGCCUAUUGCCUCGCAAUCGGGCUGUCAGAUUCAGAAGUGCAGGGGCCAAAUACCUGCAGCCUGCGGUCUCUGCUUUAAACUGCGACAUUUUGGGGCUUGAAUUCAAUGACCUCCACACAAGUGUAAGCUAGCUCCGUCUUCCAUCCGGACUCAUAGCUGGUUCUGGCAGAGCACCAGGCUGAGGAUUGCAGACUGGGACUGUUUUGGGGGUGUGGCCGGGUCCUGGAGAUUCUCAGUGCUUGCAGAGGGAGCCUGGGAAGCGUGCCCCUCACAAACAGGGGCGAAACCCUCCGGCCAGCCCCGGCGCCUGCCCCUCACAAGUAUGGCAUCCUGCGGAUUCUUAUUGGUCCUGGAGGACUCCCUGGGCAGCGCUGAUUGGCGAACGGCGGGGGCGAGGCGAGGCGAGGCGGGGCGGGGCGUCUUCGGCCCGGCCUAAAGUGCGGCUGCGGGCACCGGGACUAUGUCGCAGGCACGCCGCCACCUGCGACCCGCUCUUUUCCUGGCGGCGGUUUCUGCGCGCGUUGCAACUACCGGGGUAGCGGCUCGGCGAGGGUUGAGCGCGUGGCCCGCGCCGCAGGAGCCCGGCAUGGAGUAUCAGGAUGCUGUGCGCGCACUGAACACCCUGCAGACCAAUGCUGGCUAUCUGGAGCAGGUAAAGCGCCAGCGGGGUGACCCUCAGGCACAGCUGGAAGCCAUGAAGCUGUACUUGGCACGGAGUGGGCUGCAGGUGGAAGACUUGGACCAGCUGAACAUCAUUCACGUCACUGGGACCAAGGGGAAGGGUUCCACUUGUGCCUUUACUGAACGUAUUCUCCGAAGCUAUGGCCUGAAGACAGGAUUCUUUAGCUCUCCCCACCUGGUGCAGGUGCGGGAGCGGAUCCGCAUCGACGGGCAGCCCAUAAGCCCUGAGCUCUUCACCAAGCACUUCUGGCCCCUCUACCGCCGGCUGGAGGAGACCAAGGACAGCAGCAGCUAUGUCUCCAUGCCCGCCUACUUCCGCUUCCUCACGCUCAUGGCCUUCCACGUCUUCCUCCAAGAGAAGGUGGACCUGGCAGUGGUGGAGGUGGGCAUUGGUGGCGCUUACGACUGCACCAACAUCAUCAGGAAGCCUGUGGUGUGUGGCAUCUCCUCUCUUGGCAUCGACCACACCAGCAUUCUGGGGGACACAGUGGAGGAGAUCGCGUGGCAGAAAGGGGGCAUCUUCAAGCGUGGCGUCCCCGCCUUCACCGUGCUCCAGCCUGACGGUCCCCUGGCAGUGCUGAGGGACCGGGCCCAGCAGAUCUCAUGUCCUCUCUACCUGUGCCCACCACUGGAAGCCCUGGAGGAAGGGGGGCCGCCGCUGACCCUGGGCCUGGAGGGAGAGCACCAGCGGUCCAAUGCCGCCUUGGCCUUGCAGCUGGCUCGCUGCUGGCUACAGCAAAAGGACUACCGGGGCAUCGGGGAGCUGAAGGUGUCCAGGCCCAGUCUCUUGCGGCAGAUGCCCCUGGCGCCCGUGUUCCAGCCCACGACCCACAUGCGGCAUGGGCUUCGGGACACGGAGUGGCUGGGCCGGACGCAGGUGCUGCGGCGCGGGCCCCUCACCUGGUACCUGGAUGGCGCGCACACCGCCAGCAGCAUGCAGGCCUGCGUGCGCUGGUUCCGCCAGGCGCUGCACCGCCGCCAGAGGCCAAGCCGCGGCUCUGAGGUGCUUGUCCUGCUUUUCAACUCCACCGGAGACCGGGAUCCUGCAGCACUGCUAAAGCUGCUGCAGCCCUGUCAGUUUGACUAUGCUGUUUUCUGCCCUAACCUGACAGAGGUCUCAACUGUUGGCAAUGCAGACCAGCAGAACUUCAUGGUGACCCUGGACCAGGUGUUGCUCCGCUGCCUUGCACACCAACAGCACUGGAGCCGCCUGGACGAGGAGCAGGCCGGCCCGGAGCCUGGUGAGCCCACAUCCUCGCUGCUGGCUCCCCACCCGCCCGAGCCCCGUAGCACCAGCUCCCUCGUCUUCAGCUGCAUCUCCCACGCCUUGCUGUGGAUCAGUCAAGGCCGGGACCCUGUCUUUCAGCCACCCAGUCCCCCGCAGGGCCUCUUCGCCCACCCUGUGGCAGGCAGCGGGGCCGGCGUGCUCCGUGAGGCUGCCGCCAUCCACGUGCUGGUCACCGGCAGCCUGCACCUGGUGGGCGGCGUCCUGAAGCUGCUGGAGCCGGCCCUGUCCCAGUAGCCCAGGCAGUGGGGGUGGAAGUGGGGGCCUCCCACACCUGCCCUGCGUCUCUCCACGAACUGCUACGUUAGGUGCCUUUUGUUUUUUGCUUUUCUGAUGGUCUAGACUGGCCCAGGGACC